CUAAUAGAAGAUGUAAAUAGGCUUUUCCAUGAGGCAGAAUAUGAAACUGUAGUAAAAAUUAUUUGUUUACUUCAUUGUUACCCUGAUAUGUAGUGAAUUUUAUGGAAAUAAGCUAAACACACUCUUUUAGACAUCUUAUACUUAAUGUUUCAAGCCAGAUUAUUCUUAAAAUUGUUAUCUUGUCUCUAUUGCUAGUACCAGAAAUGUGUUCUUAUGUGUUAGGGAAAAUUUGUAUUUGAAUUACCAAGUUAAUAUGGAGGCAAAUUUUCUACUUUUAUUUUUCUUUUUCCCACUGUAUAGAUAACAGAGCAAACUCUAAACAUUUUAUGUAAGAAAAAAGCAUACAUGUAGAAGAAUAAAAUUCCAGGUUUGGUAUUCUCAUGACUCAGGGCUAAUUACUUGAUUUAAAUGUGCCCUUAAAGAAGCGGCUGUCCUUUGAUGAUGUGUCUGUGGACUUCAGCUGGGAGGAGUGGCAGGACCUGGGCAUUGCUCAGAGGACCCUGUAUAGAGAUGUAAUGCUGAAGACCUACAGCAACCUGGUGUCCUUAGGGCACUGUGUUCUUAAACCUAAAUUGAUUGUCAAGUUGGAGCAAGUUGCAGAACCAUGGAUAGGAGAAUCCUCGGACAGGAAUUUCACAGAGGAUACUGUAUCUUUGGAGGGCCAUCAUCACCAAGGGCAGUUAAUACCACCCAAAGCCCUGAUCCUGAAGACUCUGUUGUCCGUAGAUCGAAUCGUUCAACCAAGAAAUCUGAUGGCAGCAGACUGGGACCUGGCCUCUACCCUUUCCUCUGGGGAGCCAACACAGAGCCCUGUGUUAAAUACAGACAGCUGCCUGGAGUUCUUCAUUAUCCUUCAAACUGUAGAACAUUCUUCCUAA